AUGGACCAUUCUCCAAAUAGACCUUCAGUAUCUCCUUUAUCAAAAACCCGUAUGUAGUCAGAAUAGACACUCAAAUUAUAAGAUCUAAAGUAUAAGGAGAAACUAUUAUAAAUGGAUAAAAUAAAUGCAAGUAGCAGAUCUUUAUAAAAUUUUAGAAUUGCAAUCCUAAUUGGAUGAAACCCUUUUAGAAUUAGAAAAGGCAAAUAAGAAUCUGCAUCUUCAGAAUUAAAUGAAGGAAACCUAAGAUAAUGAAUAUCUGAGACUUUUGAAAGAAAAUGAAUUACUAAAGGGUGAUCUAUAAUUUAAGCUUUAAGAGAAUGAAUUGAAUAAGUAGAAGUUAGCCUAAUAAAAUAAAUAAUAUUAAUCAUCACUUGAAAAUCUAAAGUAAUAUAUAAACGUUUAAAUUUAGAGAAUAAUAUGAAUAGCUUUAACAGUCAUUGAUGAAUAAAUACAUUAUUGAAAUGAAUACAAAACUAUAAGAUCAAAAACAAUAAUAUGAUACAUUUAGCAAAUUGUAGACUGAAAGAAUGAAAGAAAAUGAACAUAUGGAAAAAUAGUAUUAGGAAUAAAUAUUGGAUUAUAAAUAAUCAAUAUAAGAAUUCUAAAUUAAAGUAAAUGAAUAAAAAUAAUAAAUUGAAACAUUUCAAAAAUAAUCUUAUAUAGAUAAGUAAAUGAUAGCUGAUAAAGAAUUAUAAGAGUAGCUUCUUUUAAAAAAAGUAGAAUAACUUCAAAUAGAACUAAGCAGAUUAACAACUGAUAUAGAUAUUUCAAAAGAGAAAUAUUUAAGAUUAGAAAAACAAUAUGAAUAAAACAUUACCAAUAUAGUAUAAAGUAAAGAUUAACAAGCAGAAGAGUAAACAAGUAAAUUAUAUUAAUAACAUGAAUAAUCCAUUCAAAAUUUGACAUUACAAAAUCAAGAUAUUUGGAAACAAUUAUAAGAAUAGAAAUCAAUUAAUUAAGUUUAAUAGAAAGAAAUUACAAGAUUAUUACAUACUAAUUAAUAACAAGGUUAAGAUUUAAUUGAAAAAGACAAAAAACUAAAAGAUUUAUCAUUAAAUACAAACUAAUCAUCUGAAUAAUGUAUUAUUCUUUAACAACGAUUACUUUAGAAUGAACAAGCAUUACAAUUAUAUAAAUCUUAAUUAGAUGAUUUUAAAUAAACUAGAGGUGACUUUGAAUAAAGGAUGAUGGAAAGAAGUAAAGGGAUAUUGAGAUAAAAAGAGUAAGAAUUUCAAUAGGCUCUAUAAAUGAAUGAAUAAAAGAUUGAUGAUUUAACUUAAGAAAUUGAAAGAAUGGAAAAUGAAUAUUAAAAUUAAAGUUUUAAAUAGUUACAAGAAAAAUUAAUGAGUGAAUCACAUGUUAAAUCAUUAUUAGUGAAAAUUGCUGGAAUUGAAGAAUAAAAUUCUACCUUAUUAUCAUAAUUAGAAGAAACAAGAUAAGAAUUAUUAUAAAGAUCAACUCUAUCUGAAAAUUUAAGUGUUUAAUUAAACAAAGAAAAAACUUAUAAUUAAACUACUCUAAGAAUUUAAAAGAAUCAGAUGUCUGAUUUAUAAUAAAAAUUAAAAGAAUAUUAAGUAGAAGUGGAUAGAUUAUCAUGUGAUGUUAGGGAAAGAGAUGAUAUUCUUGAAAACCAAAGGAUGUAAUUUAUUAAUGAGAAAAAUGAAUUAGAAUAAUAAAUCAAAAUUAUUUUUGAGAAGAUGUCUUAAUAAAGAUAAAGAAUACAAGAAUUAGAUGAUCAAAAUUAUUAAUAAUAAUGUUAAAUAUAAAAACUUACUAUAGAGAGAGAUAAAUUAGAUAAAGAUUUAAAAUCAUUAACAAGUACUACAAAUGAAUAAAUCAGAAAAUAAAAAGAGUAAAUAGAUAAUUGUAAUAAAUUAAUUGAAGAGAAUCAAUUAACUAUUCUUUAAAAUGAAGAACAAAUUUAAAAUAAUGAAACAUAGAUUGCAGAAUUAUAAAACUAACUAGAAGAAUAAUAUGCUUAAAAUUAACAAUUAACUAAAGAUGUAAAUGAAUUAAAUGAUGAAUUAGAAGAAACUAGAUAAGAUAGAGAAGCUAAAAUUUAAGAAAUGGAUUAAUGGAAAAGAUAAUUUAAAUAAAAUAAUGUUCCAUUGUCUGAUUAUGAUUAAGUCAAAAAAGAAGCUGAAUUAUAUAAAAAUAAAUCAAUGGAUUAAGAAUAACUUAUUAAUAAAUUAGAAACUUAAUAAUAAGCUAAUAAUAAAGAGAUUUAUCAUUUAUAAGGUGAAUUAUCAUAAUAUAAAUCUAAUUUAUAAGAAACUUAAUCAUAAUUAGUUAAUAAGAAAAAAGAAAAUGAUAAUAUGAGUACAGAAUUAGAAAAUUUAAAAAGAGAAUAACAAAGAACAUUAAAUUAAUUGAAAGAGAUUGAACAAAGAGAUUAAUAAAAUAGUGAAUUAGUCAUUAAAUAAAAGAAGGAAAUCUAAAGAUUGUAAAUAUUGAUAAAUUCAUUAAUAGAAAUGAUGAUUUGGAAACUAAAAAUAGAUAAUUAGGCAAUAUGGAAUAAUAAUUAAAUAAGAAGUUUGAUGAGGUAGCAACUAAAUAAAGAGAACUUGAAGAAUUAAAGAGAAAAUUUCAAUAAGAUGCUUUUGGAAAAAUGACUACAAGUCCAUCUUAAAAGUCUGUAAUGAUGGCAUCUUAAAAUGUAUUAAUUCUAAAUUAAAUUAGAUGGCUGCCAGAUCUACUGCUAAAGGAUUAACUACAAAAAUAUCAGAAUAAUAAAAUUGA